AUGGGGCCUCCUCCCCCUUUGCCGCCUGGCGCCUCCAGCCUACACCAGCUGCAAAACUUCCCCGCCGCCGCGCGGUCCCUGCCCCAGGCAUCCGCAUUCAAAAGGCCCUCCGGCAGGUCGAUCGAAGGGCGAAUCGAUUCGCGCCGAUCGCUCGGCGCGGCCUCGCGGAUUCCGGGGAUUCGUUUGGGGCGGAGGUUGCGCGAGCUGUCGCGGAGGAGGGAUUGGAGCGGUCGGGGUGGUGGCGGGGAUGAGCGGCUGAGGGCGUCGGCGCUGGAGGGGUCAAUUUCGGACGCGGCGCUCGACCCGGAGAAUUUGAAUCCGGCGGUCAGCCAGGUGAUGAACAGGGAUGUCGUUGUGCUGACAGAGGACAUGCCCAUAAGGAAGGCCAUGCAGGCGUUCUUGAGCAAUGGCAUAUCGGGCGCACCAGUCGUGGAUGCGGUAGGGCGAAUCGUCGGCGUGCUGUCAGAGACAGAUAUAAUUGCCACUGACACGGGGAACACGGGAGCUGAUGGCUCUGCGAGGGAACCUGUGCCCAUCAAAUUUCUUCCCCUGUUUGUGGCCGACUCAGAUCGCGAAGACAUUCGGGCCCUGCUAGAGCAACCUGUGGGUCAGCUAAUGUCUCGAGACCCGUACUACGUGGAGCCUGGAACCCCUGUGGUGCAUGCAGCCAAGCUCAUGAUCGAGAAGCAGGUAAACCGCCUGCCAGUGUGUAUAGAUGGCCAGGUGGUGGGCAUCUUGACACGGGGCGAUGUUCUGCAGUGCAUGAUAUGGGAGAUGCUCAUGGCGGGCACGCCAGACAAUGAGGAUGGGUAA